CUCCACUUUUCUCCAAUCCCUUUUCUUCCCCCACAAAGCAGGAAAAUCACCCAAUCAUGGCAACUCAUAGCUCCACUCUCACCAUAUCCCUACUUCUCCUCCUCUUCUUCUUCUCCACCUUAUCUUCCGCUUCCGACAUGUCCAUCUUAACCUACGACGAAAACCAACACUUUCGAACGGACGAUGAAGUCAUGUCCUUGUACGAGUCAUGGCUAGUCGAACAUAGAAAAUCGUACAACGCCUUAGACGAAAAAGACAAGCGGUUUCAGAUCUUUAAAGAUAACCUAAGAUACAUCGAUGAACAAAACUCUGUUCCAAACAAGAGUUACAAGCUUGGUUUAACAAAAUUUGCUGAUCUGACUAACGAGGAGUACAGGUCCAUGUACUUAGGUACUAAGACCAGUGAUCGUCGCAGGUUGUUGAAAAACAAAAGCGAUCGGUAUCUUCCUAAAGUUGGGGAUAGCUUGCCGGACUCAGUUGAUUGGAGAGAGAAAGGUGUUCUUGUUGGAGUUAAGGAUCAAGGAAGCUGUGGGAGUUGUUGGGCAUUCUCUGCAAUUGCUUCCGUUGAAGCAGUGAACUCGAUAGUCACAGGAGAUGUGAUUUCACUAUCGGAGCAAGAGCUGGUGGACUGUGAUACUUCCUACAACGACGGUUGCAAUGGCGGUCUUAUGGACUAUGCCUUUGAUUUCAUCAUCAAAAAUGGAGGAAUUGACACUGAGGAAGACUACCCUUACACCGGCCGUGAUGGUAGAUGUGACCAGUCAAGGAAAAAUGCCAAGGUUGUUACCAUAGAUGGGUAUGAAGAUGUUCCUGCAAAUAAUGAAAAGGCACUGCAAAAGGCUGUUGCAAAUCAACCUGUGAGCAUUGCCAUUGAAGCUGGUGGCAACGACUUUCAACACUAUGUAUCGGGUAUCUUUACUGGAAAAUGUGGAACUGCAGUGGACCAUGGUGUGGUUGCUGUUGGAUAUGGUAGUGAGAAUGGCAUGGAUUAUUGGAUUAUUAGAAACUCUUGGGGUGCUUCCUGGGGAGAGAAAGGUUACCUUCGGGUUCAACGUAACGUUGCCAGUUCUAAAGGUUUGUGUGGAUUAGCCAUAGAGCCUUCUUACCCAGUCAAGACAGGCGUAAAUCCCCCUAAACCUGGACCUUCUCCUCCAUCUCCAAUCAAGCCACCUACUCAGUGUGAUGAUUAUGCUCAAUGCCCUGAGGGUACCACUUGCUGUUGUGUCUUUGAAUACUAUAACUCCUGCUUCUCUUGGGGAUGUUGCCCUCUUGAAGGAGCCACUUGCUGUGAAGAUCACUACAGUUGCUGCCCCCACGACUAUCCUGUCUGCAAUAUUCGUGCAGGCACCUGCUCAAUAAGCAAGGACAACCCGCUGGGAGUGAAGGCAAUGAAGCACAUCCUUGCUGAACCAAUUGGGGCCUUCAUAAAUGGAGGAAGGAAGAGCAGUUCUUGAAAUUUCACAAGCACCAGCUAUGUGGAAUGAGGUGAGAGAAGGGUCAACAGAGGAUGUAAAAGUCAUAAUUGUGCUUGACGGCCUCGUUGUUACAUUGAUUUGCAGAACUCAUUUCCAGUAGAAAGUUGUAGAGAAAGAUAAUCCAUAAUCAAGUAUUUCAAAGAUGCUGAUAUAUGAUUUGUAUAUAUGCUUAUUUAUUGUUGUUGCUGCAACUACAGCAAGAUUAAAGAAGGAUUAUUGUUCUGCUUUGUCUAAUUAUGUAAAUAAUCCUUGUUUCUUAGUAUGAAGACUCCAAGUGAUGUUUUCAUCAGCCUGUUUAUUCUUUAACUUGUACUUGGUUUCAACAAUAAUAUCAGAGACUAUUUUCUGUACCUUUUCA